AUGGCUCUUACCGCAUCAAAGAAGCUAGUUGCUCCGACGACCAUCAAUCGAUUGGGCCUAGUCCUGGCCACGAUCCUGAUAAUAUUCAGCCUGUUCACCGCGACCACCGCAGCAACAAGCCGGCCCAGGCCCAACUUAUGCGCCGGAGUGGCUCUGAAGGCUCCACCAUCCGGCGGCUGCCACAUCAACUGCUUCCGGGCCGACCCGGUUUGUGGAGCUAACGGUGUGACCUACGGGUGCGGGUGUCCCGAAGCUGCUUGCAACGGGGUUCGGGUCAUCAAGCUCGGGUCUUGUUGA